AUGGAGACCAUCAUCAGCAACUACCUUCCAAGCGCUGAAGCAGCGAAAAUGCAAAAUGACAGCACGGGACUGAUUCGGCGACUCAAGCGAGCCACGGAGAGGCGUGCCGGGAACGAAUACACGGUCUUUGUGCAGGAAUGGAAUGACACCUGGUUGAUUCUCAGGAAAACGGGACUAUUUCUAAGACCAUCGACGAAUGGAAAGUUGGUACACACGUUACGCCACUACCAGAACGGGACGGAUAAUGUGUACGGCGAGCUACUUCCCAAAUUCAUCUCCCUAAUUCUCAAACAGGACGUCAAGAUGAUGUCCGAUCAGAUCUUUGUUGAUCUCGGGUCCGGAGUCGGGAAUUGCGUACUUCAAGCCGCUCUGGAGGUUGGAUGCGAGAGCUGGGGCUGUGAGAUGAUGGACAAUGCUUGUGAUCUUGCCGAGCUUCAGGAGAAGGGAAUUCAACGCUCGAAAGCAGAUGUAGUCCUUGUCAACAACCAGGCAUUCACUCCGAACCUGAACGAAGACUUGACAAAUCUGUUCCUAGACCUUAAAGAGGGAGCCAAGAUCGUGUCACUCAAAUCCUUCGUUCCCCAUGGGCAUAAGAUCACUUCCAAAAAUUUGUCGGCUGCAUGCAAUAGACUCGAAGUCGUCCAGAAGACUUAUUUCUCGGCCUGCGUGAGCUGGACUGAAACUGCAGGCACUUACUAUGUUUCGACAAAGGACAGCUCUAAGGUCCAGGCCUUUGCUGAAAAGAACAUGUGA